AUGUCACGGGAACAAAUCACUGCUCAGUAUCCACAUUCUUUCGAAUUCGGGGAGGAAUUUUUGGUAUUUCUGUUUGAGCACGCCUAUGCGAGUGAAUUUGGUUCGUUUAUAGGUAACAGUGAAAAGAUGAAGGCGGAACUCGGUGUUAAGAGUUCUACAGUUUCUCUGUGGUCUUAUGUCAACAAUCCUGAAAUACUUCGCUGUUUUGUUAACACCUCAUAUGAACCAAGAGCAUCUGUGCUUUGGCCGUCGGUUGCCCCACAGAGCAUACAUGUGUGGCAAAGGUUGUUCUUCCGAUGGCAGAUUGAUUGGGCACAACAAGAUCAGAUAAGGAAGUCUUCUUCGCAAUGGCGAAUCAAGGAGCGUGAACUGAUCUCUCGGGCGUUGUCUCUAAGGAGGUGA